AUGUCCUCAGAAGACUAUCCUAGUUCGGCAAUGCCUAGAACAAACCUCUCGUCGUCCUCUAAUAGACCUAACAUCACGCUACCCUCGCAAGACCAGAACUUUCCCGACGGCCCGCCGCCGGACUACUAUCAGUACGAGUCGCGGCCUGCAGAUUCUGAUACAAUCCCAUGGCAGUGCUGUGUCUGCGGACCCUCGAUAGCCAACCUGCUCCGCGUAGGCCAUGCUACUCCCGCCAGUGUGUUUCAUCCGGCGAACUGCAAGCAAUGCCGACACUCCGUUUGCCGUCAAUGCCAUGUCGAAAAGUCGUUUCAGGCCGUUCCCCAAGAGAUCCACGACCAAAUUAAACGAGUCUGGAUCUCAACGGUUAUAUCCAGCCGGAAGCCUAAUAUCUUCGUUCGUGCAUCGGCACACUUAUGGGCGAGAUUGGGGAAGAAAGAGGAUGAGACGAAGGCUGACAUGAAGUGCACUUGUUGUAGAGAGCGGUUCAGUGAAUUUUGGGCGACCUUUCGCAACAAGAACUAAGCGGAGCCCAGAGACCGACACCCUCGAAUCUGAAGCUAAUUGGGAUUCGAUACGCAACUCAAGGACUCAAAUUUCGGAGAGUAUGACUACGCGGCCAAAUUAUACAGCCGGAGCAUUCUUGAGCGGCGAAUAUACGUACAAUGGUUCAAGGUGUGCGUACACAUUGCUGGUCGAUUACGCCGUCAAGGGGGAUGCUACAACCUGCUUAGCAGUUUGGCACAGUUCUAUACCUACUUUUAAGCGAGACGCCU